CGUCCGAUCCGGUGCGCUUUGAGAGGUCGGUGAGUUUUGCAUCCGUUAAAUCAAAACACUGGUUCAGUUUCAGUAUUUACACUGACAGCGUGACGUACUGAGCGUUUAACAGUAUGAUAUGAACAGAUCUGAUUCCAAGUGAUACAUAAAAAACUUGCUCCUCGGUUGUAUUCGCUGUUGGCAGCAGACUCUGAACGAUGAGAAUAAAUGAAAACACGUUACUAGAGGGGAAGCAUGUUGUGCUGGUUCCCUACAACGCGGAGCAUGUACCCAGAUAUCACCAAUGGAUGGCCUCUCCAGAACUGCAGAAGCUGACCGCAUCUGAGCCUCUGACUCUGGAGGAGGAGUAUGAAAUGCAGAGAAGCUGGAGAGAAGACAAUGACAAGUGCACAUUCAUCAUCCUGGAUAAGCAACGAUGGGCAGAUCCCAGCUUUCCAGAGGAGGAGUGCAUGGUGGGAGAUGUCAACAUCUUCUUGACAGACCCCAGUGACCCAUCCCUGGCAGAACUGGAGCUCAUGAUUGCAGAGUCCAGCUACAGAGGUAAAGGACUUGGCAAAGAAGUGGCACGCAUGAUGAUAUGCUACGGAAUCAACAAACUUGGAGUCAAAAAAUUUGAAGUCAAGAUUGGUUUGGAGAACAAAGUCAGCAUAGCUAUGUUCAAGAAAAUCCACUUUCAUGUGCUUUCCAGCAGUGAGGUGUUCAAGGAAGUCACUCUCGGUUUGACCGUGAAUGAGGCAUUACAGCAAGAGCUGCUGGCCACCCUGGACUGUAUGCAGGAGAGAGAGUAUCAAAAACUGAAGAACUACAGGCAUGAGGGAAAACACUCUUUAACCAUGGCGGCUCAUCAAAGCUAAGCUCCUACGAUGAGCAGCAGCAGAAGCCGGAGAAGCCAAGAGAAGAGCCGAGAACAUAAAGAACGCUUGGAUGGAGGCACGCUCACUGUGGGCUUCUUUUUAUCUGCAGGAAGGAGAAUCAGAGCAUCAACCAUGAGACAGACAAACUGUGAUAGAUUCAUUAAUAUAUUGUGUUAUUGUACGAAAACCUCUUAGCUCCAAAUGGUAACUUUCAUUAGAGAAGGAAACAAUGUUCUUAUUCUUAACUUCAAAGUGGCUCUCCAGACAAAAUGAAAAAUGUAACAAUCACUUCAUCUGUUGUAAACAUGCCCACUCGCCUCCUACAGUACUACCUACAGUAGCCUCUAGCAGUGGUCAUCAAUCCUACUCUUUUCUGACAAGUUCCAAACUGCAUCUAACAUGCUGCCCCUCCCUGACCAACACCAAUGCUUCUGAUAUAGCCAAUCACAUUUUUAAAAAUACAUGAAUUAGCUGAAGCAGGUGUAGCUGUGUUGUGGUUAGAACUAGACUCUGCAGGAAGGGAGAUCCUCAGGACCAGGGUUGGUGACCACUGCUCUAGAGUGAUGCUGCAUUCGAGUGGUGUCAGAAACCUGGAAAUACCAGUUUUUGCACUUGUAAACUGCACUUGAAUGGCUGACAAAUUCGUAUUUACAAGUUCAUGAGAUAUAAUGCAAACUUUCACCUUCACCACUAUGCCCAAUGCACUUCUAUGAGAUCUGUGUUCUAUUUAAUAUAGCAAAGAAAAAGCAAGAUAUAUAUAUUCUCCAGACCACCAUGCUUUAUUUUCCUGUGUGUGGAGCAAAUCUUUGAACAAGCACCCAAACGGGGUGAAGCUGUAUUUACUAGUAAACCAUCUGAUAUCUACAACUUUCCGACCUGUUGAUUAGCACCUGAAGUCAGCAUGAGAUUUUCUGGUUUAAAGACUAGAAAAACCCCUUUCUGAUGAAGUAUCUUAAAGUUGGGAAAUAUUUCAGAAAAGUAAAAUAUGUACUUUGUGGCAGAUUCUUAAAGGCAGGUUGUUUGGAGUUGACUUUUGCUAAUGCAAAAGGAAGGCAGAUAGCUAAUGUACUGCUAGGGAGCCAAAUAUCACAUCUGUAUUUGUUACUAUGCUAGCAGUCGGCAUUUCUUAAUCCCCAUAGGAUUCUCAGUUGUAUGAAAACUGUAUUGGUAUACUGUAGUGGUAUUUGCAUAAGGCAUUCUGAGUAUUUUACUAACACUGACAGCCGAGAACACAAAAUUGUGAGUGGCGUUAAACCAAUGCGGCUGAGGGAUCCAUUGCUGCACUACAGAAUACUACGUAACAUGACAAAGUUUAGUUUUAACAUUUACUGGAAUUGGAAUUAGGGCUGGGCAAUAUGACAACACUGACUCAAAUUAUGUCACAAUAUGUCCUAAUAUGCUUUUCUGAACUUAUCAUGGAUAUGGAGAGCACUUGCCAAUUGCAUGUUUGUCUACAAAGCAAAGAUAAUUAGUCCUGUUUUGAAUCUAGUGUAUCACAGUAUGUGAAAUGUUCAAUUUAAAUCACUGUAUUCAUAGUUUUGAUAGUGUGUUGUAAA